UGGUUUUUGUUUGUCAAGGAUGUUGAAACGCAAAUAUGUUUUUCAGAAGAGGCAGUUAAGAUUCUUGGCUUGGACCAAUUUGACAAAAACGCGUCGUUAGUUUGGGAGUAGUUUAAAUUAUGAUCGCGUGUGAGACACUCGAGUAGGACUUCAAAGUUUCAAAACGGUGUGGGGUUCUUUUAUGUGAAGACGUGCGAGUGAGAGUUUUCGGAACUUUGGUCAUGAAAAAAUACUUUAAGUGUCAAUAGUGAUACUGUGUAUUUUUUAGUAAUAAGAAAAAAUAACGAUUUACGAUACGAUUUAUUUUAUUAUCCAAUAACAAAGUGCAAAUAAAUAGGAAUACAUAAUUCUUCGGUAUGUCUAAGUAUAUUUAGGAACGGUUAAGACAAGUGAUUUUAAAAGAAGUUAUAUUAAAACAGAAAAAAAUCGAGUCUAACAUUUAGAAGUUACAAGAAGAUGGACAACAUAAAUGAAGAAUCAAUGGAAGUAGAAAAUGCAACAGAAAAGAACGAGAGAAAACUCCCCUUCUCAAUAGAAAACCUCCUUUCAGACAAAUUUAAAGAAACUAAAGAUGAUAGAAAUAAUGAACCUAGUGCAAGUGGUGAUAAUGAUAAGUCAGCUGUGUUUGAUUAUCCGAAGUAUAAUGAUGAUAUUGAUGAUAAUGAUAAUGAGUCAGAUGAUGAUAAAAGUGACGUUGAUGUGGAGAGCUCAACGGAUGCGCAGGAGUUAGAUAAAGUUGCUGAUUAUCAACAAUCAAGCUCCUCCAGAGGCAAGCGCGCGCGCACCGCGUUCAGCGCUCAGCAAAUCAAGAGUCUAGAGGCAGAGUUCGAGAAGAACCGAUACCUGUCCGUCGCUGCCCGCGGGCGGCUGGCGAGGCAGUUGCGGCUGACAGAGACGCAGAUCAAAAUCUGGUUCCAAAACCGACGCACAAAAUGGAAACGGAAGUACACCAACGACGUAGAACUAUUAGCGCAGCAAUAUUACAGCAGCCUUGGCAUCGUUGCUCCCCGACCGAUGUUCGUUGGCGACCGAUUAUGGAUCUUCAACUACCCUAACAGAAUCCCACCGACGCAGCAACAGCAGUGGAUGAAAUCUAUUAACAACAUCACGCAACCACAGAUACAAAGAAGCUUACCAUUUAAACCGGAAGUGCCUUUCGCUAUGCCACCGUAUCCGAACGAACGCUUCUUUCCUGAACGCAACCUUUUGACAGCACCUGUCAAAAUUCCCGCGCAAACUCGCCUGUUACCGCGCGAAGUUUAUAGCAAUAUGGCGACUGCCCAAAGAAGUAUGGACGUUUAUAAGAAUAAUAUUUUAAGUCAUAGUCCUACCCAAGAGAACGUUGAUCAUUUGAGGAGGUUAGAAGAGAAUUUUAGCAUCUAAAUAUAGAAAUAUGACGUGUUGUAUUUACCAAAGAUUCUCCUUAGCCACGUAGUCACUAUAAGCAAAUUUGUUUAUAUGCAAAGUAACCUAAAAAAAUACAUUACGGAGCAUUGUUUAUACACAAAAAGUGUAUAAUGAAUAGGUACUGUCGAGUGCAUUGGCUGUGUUCCACCUUCAUGUCGAAAAUCGUUUGGUCAGACCAAAACUACAUUGGUAGUGAUUUUGAU